AUGUCGACAGCGUCAGCGAGCGAAGAUCUGGAGCGGAUGAUGCCUCCAGGAGGGAAGCGCGGCGGCCAGGGUACUUUCAGCAGAAUGAAGUCGGGGUGGAGGGCCGGCAUCGCAGUGAACAUCGUCAUUGGCUUCAUCAUCCUCAUUGUCGCCAUCGUCUGCCUGGUCCUGGCGCUGGUAGUUGUCGGAAUGGUCCGGGGAGAGAGCAGAGUGUACGAAGGAUCCUGCUCCAAGGCAGAUGAGAUCAAGAUCGGACUCUCCGUGGCCAUCAACGUCAUCGUCAUCAUCCUUCUCGCGACAGCCAACUACGUCUUUCAAGUACUUAGCAGCCCGACAUGCACCGAGGUCGAAAUGGCUCACGAGGAGCAUCGUUGGCUCCACAUUGGCGUUCCUUCCUUUAGGAACCUGCGUUUCAUUUCCAAACCCAGGGUUGUCAUGGCGGUCAUCAUUAUGAUGGCGGCCGUCAGCACCCAAGUAAUGUCCGUCAUAACUAUGGUUUACUUUCAAGUACGUGUGCUGACCGUCAUUAGAUAUAAUGCUGUAAUCUUUACAACAAUGCCGGGAUUCGCCCACCAAAUCCUUUUCGUCACCCCGAGCUUCCUUUCCUCCGGCCAGUUCAGCAAUGCAUCUGCGACGAACGCCGGCGGACUCUUGAGAUCCGACAUCCUGACCCUGCAGACCCAGGCAUCCCAGAACAACCUGACGAAUCUCACCAUUGCCGACUGUCUGAACGAAUUCGGAGGUGUGUACCAGGGCGACUUCAGCGCCGUAUUGCUGGUCACGGAUUCUGCCUCAACCAGCAACUCCCUCGUCCAGACGGCGAAAUCAGGCUCCUCGCUCUCUCAAUUCGUUGACCCGACGAACCCUUCCUCCAUCAAGAUCAACGACACAACCGCCGAGUACUGCCUCGCCCGGCCCGAGUCACGCGAAUCUUGCUCAGUAAUCCUCAACGGCUCCCUGCUUGGCGUCAUUGCAAUCCUCAACCUCGUCUCCGUCUCUGCCAUUGGCGCGGUGUACUUCUUCACCGGCUUCGAGCCUCUCGUGACGCUCGGCGAUGCCCUCGCAUCCUUCAUCACCCACCCAGACCACACCACCAAAGCCUCCUGUCUCCUCGACAAGAAGGACGUCACCCAAGGCCGCUGGGGCUACAAUGAAGCCAAGUACUGGACUUCCAAGGAACAUUUCUGGUUCCAGACCCCCAGCCUCUCCCUCUGGGCUGCCUGGUUCCUCACCUGGGCCGCGCCUACAGGCCUUGCCGCCGCGGCGCUGGCGAUUUCAUUGAGCCAAGAUACAUCAGCCAGUCUCAGCGCCUUCGGCCACGCUCCGGAACAUCAGUUGUACAUUCUCCCAAAUGGAGCCGCCCGCGCAGGCUUCGCCCUCGUCGCGGCUCUUCCUCACCUCCUCCUCGCCGUCCUCUACCUCACCACCAACAUCCUCCUGUCCUCCUACUUCCUCUCGCACGAGCUGAGCCAGUACGCCCUCCCCGGCCUGACCCUCCCCCUCCGCGUCAGCUCCGGCCGACCCCUCGGCGCGCAAACAACAAGCCUCUACCUCACCCUACCGCGCCCCUUCUCCUGGCUCCUCCUCGUCCUCUUCGCCGCCGCAGGCUUCGUCCUCAGCCAGUCGGUAGUGAUGAUCUCCGUCGACUCCCUCCCCGCCGCCAAGGACGCAGACUUCCCCGCCCCCAUCAACGGCGUCGGUUUCAGCGGCGUCGGGCUCCUGGCCCUCCUCGCGCUCCUCGUCAUCAUCGCGGGCCUCGUCCUCGGUCUCGGUCUCCGCCGCGCGGAUCCCACGCCCACGCGGGUCGACGGCGACCCGUCCGGCAACCCACUCGUCCUCAAGGGAGGGAGCUGCUCCGCCGUCAUCAGCGCCAGGUGCCACCGCUCCCCCGGCGACGUUGGCGCCGCCUGCCGCGAGGUUGCCUGGGGUGUCGUCGCUGAGGGCGAGGGAACGAACGUCGGGCACGCGACGUUUUCGAGUUUGCCCGUCACUGUUCUCAAUCCUGUCAGGAGCUAUGCUUAA